UUCGAGAUCCAUCACUACUCUCUACGAUCACUACUACUCUCUACUCAUAAAAGCACACAUCCCGCACUCGACACAGCUACCUCCCUCAAACCAAGAACAAACAAGAUAGAUACACACGCAUACACAGACGAACAUCAGUCACUGGACACACCGCGACAUCCUAUUUAUCACCGCCUUUUCGCUGCCCUUUGUCAGCAGCACGAAAUCCCGGCGGCGGUCCGACAUCGACUCCACACGACUUUUGCCUCAAGAGUCGGACGAUCGCUCGAAAUCUACGCCGGUAGAUCGUCACAUCCGCAACGAAGCGCACUAGGUCAAUAGCAUCCUGCACUAGUUAGAUUGGCACGAACCCGUCAUCUGGGUUCGAAAUCAAGCUGGUGAUCGGUUGACGAGGAACUCUACUUGAAGAAGAGAAUCUUCUCGAUCUAGUCAUCGUCGAAAUCCCGGACUCGAGAAACGACUUGACAAAUAAUAAUAACAACAACAACAUGUCCUCGACCAUCAUGACCGCCCUCCUACCACCCGCCAACUCCUCCCUCCUCCGUACCCUCACACCAACCGAACCCCACUACCCGUUCUACCAUCCGACGGGCGCCUCGAUCCUCCCGUUCAUGACGGACAAGGUCACCUCCCUCCUCGUACCCAUCGUCGCCUACUGGGUCUUUUCUCUCAUCUGGCACGCCAUCGACUGUGCCGAACUACCAUUCUUUGAAAAAUACAGGAUCCACGAGUCGGAAGAAGUGCUCGCUCGCAACAGGGCGACCGUGGGGGAAGUGAUCAAGGCCGUGGUCAUCCAGCAAGUCGUCCAGACGGCACUCGGGAUGGUGUGGUUGGAGAGCGAAGAGGAGAUCUUGAAGAGGGAGGUCUGGAGGGACCAUACGAGUGACAUGAAGGGCUUGGCGGGGGUCUUGGGGAGCGGAUUGCAGGUGCUUUUGGGGGAAAAGACGGCUCUUGCGGCGGCGAGGCUAUUGGGAGGCGAGAAGGUUACCGGAUGGGUUUAUUGGUGGGGGGUGCCUUUGUUGCAGAUGGGUUUUGCUUUCUUCAUCAUCGACACUUGGCAAUACUUCCUUCACCGACUCUUCCAUACGGUUCCCUUCCUCUACCGCCAUUUCCACUCGGUGCAUCACCGUCUCUACGUCCCCUACGCAUUUGGAGCCCUCUACAACCACCCCAUCGAAGGCCUCCUCUUGGACUCUCUCGGUGCCGUCCUCGCACACUCGGCAGCAGGGAUGACUGUCAGGCAAUCCAUCGUCCUCUUUGGGAUAAGCACGAUCAAGACGGUGGACGACCACUGUGGAUACAACAUCUGGUGGGACCCCUUCCAGGCCGUCUUUGGCAACAAUACCGAGUACCACGAUCUGCACCAUCAGAGUUGGGGGAUCAAGAAGAACUUUUCGCAGCCUUUCUUCACCAAAUGGGACGAGAUCUUGGGCACUCGAAUGUCGGCCGAACAGGCUGCCAAGAUGUACGCCCGUCGAGCCGCUGCCAAGGCCGAAGCGCUCGCCCACGCUCUCGAGGAAAAGGUCGAGGAGAGCGUCGUUCAGGUCGAGGAAAAGGUCAUCAAGCCCGUCCUGGAGGUCGGUCACGAUGUCGUCGCUGCCAUCAAGGGGGACAUUGUGGAGCAGCACGACCAGGAAUCGGAAGAGGAGUCGGGGAGGGGGACGCCAGUGGAAGAGAUCGAUUCCGGAGUCGAGUUGGAGGAGAUCAAGACGCGGGACCGGGAGUCGGUCGUAGGAAAGACGACGGGGUUGCAAAUAACACCGAACGGAGGACAGGGGGUACAGACGAGAUCGAGAGCGAGGAGGACGUGAGGGACGAUCCGCGUCGUCUGAUACUCGGUUUCACAUCGCCGAGAAGAUCGCAAUCUUUCCGACUUGUUUUUACUAGUAUAAUUUGUUAUCGAGACCACAACCCACGUUCGCUACCGCCAUGACGAUAUGAUGUAUAGUACCAGGUUAUCUGUUGUCAUCGUCGGUUGCUGACCAAGUUAGCCCGGUCCUAGCAAAGGGUACAGGAUGCGCAGUACGAUUGUUUUGAAUGUGGGAGUGUACCCAGUAAAUGAUCAAUAAUAGUAAUGAAAGAGUCGCGUG